UGUCAAAGUCAAUUUUGAAUAAAAAUGUCUAUUGACAUAAUCCAAUGUUUGUAUAUUGUCUGUUAUUGCAAAAUUAGCCAGGAUAUAUGAAAAAUACCUCGAAAAUUCGGAGAAAAAAUUAUUUUUACGAAUAAAUUAAGAUGAUAUUUUUACUACUUACUAAAAAGUGAAGUGGCUGGACCAGGGUUUUAUUGAACUUUCGUUGCCAAGAGAAAGAUUUAAAAAACUGAUGAAACAUACUUUGUGGGUACCUUAAGAACCGACUGAGAGUAUCGCACUGAAGAUGGAUCAAAAAAGAUGUUAGUGGAAGAUAACAGCGAAAAUUCUCUGUCUGAUGACCAGGAAUCCGUAAGACCAGGUGACAAUCAACUAAAUAAGAAAUACAAGUUCGAGAAAAAUCUUACAGGCUCAUCGUGUAUCUAUAUCACCUUUUUUGAAAAAAGUGAUCUCAAAAAACUGGAUAAAAGCGCAUUGGAGACGCUUAAGGUAACUGUACCAAAUCUCAAUUUGGACAGAGUUAUAGAAACAGAGAAAGGUCUGAUUCUAAAUCUAUUAAAUGACGCAAUGAUAAAAAGAAUAUUGAAGGUAGACUUAGCUAAAAUCUUUGGAAGACCUGUGCAAGCUGUGCCACUAUACCGCAGUCAUUACAAGAAGCUUGUUCCAUUCAAGGACAUACCUUGGUGCAUAUCCAAAGAAGAACUUAAAGCAUGCCUCAGAAAGCAAGGUAUUUCAUAUACCAAAUUGACCAGAGAGCAAUCCACAGUCUACAUAGAAGUCUCAAAUUACAGUAGUUACCGGCAGCUCAAGGAAGAAGGUAUUAAUUUUUAUGACUCAGUCAUAUUUCAAUCAUGUGACGAUACAUACUUGAACGAAGAAGCACACUAUAAUACCGAUAACAUCAUCCAGUGUUACAAGUGCCAAGGCUUUUGGCACACAGCUAAUACGUGUAAGCAGAAUAUUAGGUGCGUGAGAUGUGGGGAGGAACAUUCUGUAGAACAUUGCAAUAGACCGAAAAGCUAUCCGAUAUGUUGUAAUUGCAAGGGACAUCAUCAUGCGGCGUAUAAACUGUGUCCUAUGAGGUUGAGGCUGAAGAAGACUGUACGAGUCGCAUUCACUUACAAUAAUCAGUAAAGUUAGGAAAUUUGUAAAAUUCAAAGCGCAAAUUAAAGUCUAUUUAUUUUAGAAUGUACUUUAAGACAAAUCAUAAUUGUACGAUUUGUUAUCGGAGUGUAAAUGGAGUAUAAACGACAUGGAUAUGAUGUGAAAGGGUUUGAUGCGAGAAACACGAUAAGCAUAGUGACGUUAUUCUAAGUCCAAUAUGGCGGUCGCAGCAAAAUGAUGAUUAACGUUUUUCUUGGUCAGCUAUUUGAUGUGGGUAUCAAAUAAAAAGGCUUUAUGAGAGAAAGGUAAUAAGAAAAGUGACGUCAUUCUAAAUCCAAUAUGGCGACCACCGCAGAUGAAGAUUUAUAACUUCCAUUUAUAUAUAUAUAUAUAUAUA